UGCGUGCGGUGCGUUGCCUUUGCGUUGCGUUUUGGCGCGUGUGCCGUGCCGUGCCGUGCCGUGCCGUGUCGUGUGUGUGUGUGUGUGCGCGCGCGCGUGUGUGUGUGUGCGUCUGUGUGCAUCAGGAAGCGCUGGUUGCUGAUAGAAUGCCACAGCCGUGUGGAGACUCUCCCUGCUGGACGAUGUGAGGCGUCGCUGGGCUGCCGACACCGACACACACACCGCUCCUCUCCGCACUGCUCCUCUCUCGUCCUCUCCGCUCCUCUCCGACGCAGCAGCAGGGCCUGGGAACAACGGCUCACGCGCUCUCGUUCGCUCUCGCUCUCUCUCUCCCUCGCUCCCUCUCUCUCUCACUCCAUAGAGGGGCACAUUUUUUCCCUGUAUUUUAACUCCGUUUUUUUUCGCAGGGGAGAGAGGGGUUUGUCAUUCUCUGCCUCCCUCCUCCCCUCCUCCUCCCUACAUCCAUCCAUUUUUCUCCUCUCGGUGGUGGUGGUGGCGGCCUCCUCCUCCUCUUCUCCUCCUCCCCCUCCUCCUCCUCCACCUCUCCUCGGCUCUCCUUUUUUUUCCUCUAUUCUUCCUGAGGGGCGCGUUGGAAGAGGAAACCUCCAUGUAUGACAAUUUGUACCUGCAUGGCUUUGAAGACUCGGAGGCGGGCUCAGCGGAUUCCUACACUAGCAGACCGUCGGACUCUGAUGUGUCGCUGGAGGAAGAGAAGCUGGAGUCGGGUGGAGGAGGGAGUCAGGGCCGCCAGGAGAGGGAGCAGCAGGCCGCCACACAGCUGGAGAGGGCAAAGACCAAAGCUGUGGCCUUUGCUGUGAAGACCAAUGUCAGUUACUGUGGGGCUCUGGAUGAGGAUGUACCAGUGCCAGGGACUGCCAUCUCUUUUGAUGCUAAGGACUUCCUGCACAUAAAAGAGAAGUACAACAAUGACUGGUGGAUCGGGCGACUGGUGAAGGAGGGCUGUGAGAUCGGCUUCAUCCCCAGCCCUCUGAAGCUGGAGAACUUACGCACCCAGCAGGAGCAGAAAAAGAGCCGCAUCCAAGGUAAGUCCAGCGGAAGCUCCUCCUCCAGUCUGGGAGAUGUGAUGUCAUCAGGAAAGCAGAAACAGAAAGUGACGGAGCACGUGGCCCCCUAUGACGUGGUGCCCUCCAUGAGACCCGUGGUCCUUGUUGGACCCUCCUUAAAAGGCUAUGAGGUGACAGACAUGAUGCAGAAAGCUCUCUUCGACUUCCUGAAGCAUCGCUUUGAUGGCAGGAUAUCUAUCACCCGCGUGACAGCAGACAUAUCUUUGGCUAAGAGAUCCGUGCUGAACAACCCCAGCAAGAGAGCCAUCAUCGAACGCUCCAACACCAGAUCCAGCCUUGCGGAAGUUCAGAGCGAGAUUGAACGUAUCUUUGAGCUGGCGCGCUCACUUCAGCUGGUCAUUCUGGACGCUGACACCAUCAACCACCCAGCUCAGCUGAUGAAGACGUCCCUCGCCCCCAUUAUUGUCCAUGUCAAAGUGUCCUCGCCAAAGGUGCUGCAGCGGCUCGUUAAGUCCAGGGGGAAAUCUCAGAGCAAACACCUGAAUGUCCAGCUGGUGGCAGCAGACAAACUGGCCCAGUGUCCUCCGGAGAUGUUUGACAUCAUCCUGGAUGAGAACCAGCUGGAGGAUGCGUGUGAGCACCUGGCGGAGUACCUGGAGGCCUACUGGAAGGCCACACACACCUCCAGCAGCACCCCCCUCAACCCCCUGCUGGGCCGCAACCUGGGGCCCACGGCACUCGCACCCUACCCCUCCACCAUCUCUGGCCUGCAGCAGGGCCAGCAGAGGACGCGGCAUAGCAACCACAGCGCCACCGACCACUCCACGGCCAACGAGCGCCGCAACCUGAUGACCACCGACGAGAACUACCACAACGAGCGCGCUCACAAGGGCCGGGGGCCACGCUCGGCCUCCCAGCAGCAGCAGCAGCAGCACGGGGGUCGCGACCCCUACACCCUCGCCGAGCAGGGCUACCAGGACCCCUACCAGGACACCUACAAGCCUCACCGCAACCGCGGCUCCCCCGGAGGCUACAGCCAGGACUCCAGGCAUCGCCUCUAAGCUGGGGGG